GGUUUUGGUGGCGGUGGUGGCGGCAACUGUGGCUUUGGAGGCGGCUGCGGCGCUAGGAUGAACGCACCUCCCGCCUUCGAGUCGUUCUUGCUCUUCGAGGGCGAGAAGAAGAUCACCAUUAACAAGGACACCAAGGUACCCAAUGCCUGUUUGUUCACCAUCAACAAAGAAGACCACACGCUGGGAAACAUUAUUAAAUCACAGUUGCUGAAGGACCCACAGGUGCUGUUUGCUGGUUACAAAGUCCCCCACCCCUUGGAGCACAAGAUCAUCAUCCGCGUGCAGACCACACCGGACUACAGCCCCCAGGAGGCCUUCACCAACGCCAUCACAGACCUCAUCAGCGAGCUAUCCCUGCUGGAAGAGCGAUUCCGGGUGGCCAUCAAAGACAAGCAAGAAGGAAUUGAAUAACGGGCUGGAAGGAGUCUUGCUCAGCCAGUUCCUACCCUGCACGCAGCCCUUCUCCAGGCACUAAGUGGACAAGAGCACGUCCUCCGGCUGUGGGCCUCCUUGUAGCGAUUCCAGUGAGCCCCUCGCCCCCAACACUGGUGUGUCCUGCACAGUCUAUUUUAUCUUUCUAAUAAAGUAUGGCUGGAAAAGACCCAGA